AAAUGGGUCGUGUAAUUCGUGCACAGCGUAAGGGCGCCGGUUCCGUCUUCAAGGCGCACGUCAAGAAGCGCAAGGGAGCCGCCAAGCUGCGUUCUCUGGACUUCGCCGAGCGCUCUGGCUACAUUCGCGGCGUUGUCAAGGAUAUCGUGCACGAUCCCGGUCGUGGCGCACCCUUGGCCGUCGUUCACUUCCGUGAUCCCUACCGCUACAAGCUCCGCAAGGAACUGUUCAUCGCCCCCGAGGGCAUGCACACCGGCCAGUUUGUCUACUGCGGCCGCAAGGCUACGCUGCAGAUCGGCAACGUGAUGCCACUGAGCCAGAUGCCUGAGGGUACCAUCAUCUGCAAUCUGGAGGAGAAGACCGGUGACCGUGGCCGUUUGGCGCGCACCUCUGGCAACUAUGCCACCGUGAUUGCCCACAAUCCGGACACCAAGAAGACCCGUGUCAAGCUGCCCUCGGGCGCCAAGAAGGUUGUGCCCUCGGCCAACCGCGCCAUGGUCGGCAUCGUUGCCGGCGGCGGUCGUAUUGACAAGCCCAUCCUGAAGGCCGGUCGUGCCUACCACAAGUACAAGGUGAAGCGCAACAGCUGGCCCAAGGUGCGUGGUGUUGCCAUGAACCCUGUGGAGCAUCCCCACGGUGGUGGUAACCAUCAACAUAUUGGUAAGGCGUCGACAGUCAAGCGUGGCACAUCCGCCGGUCGCAAGGUCGGUCUCAUCGCUGCCCGUCGUACUGGUAGGAUUCGUGGUGGCAAGGGCAACAGCAAGGACAAAUAAACAACAACAACUGGAGCAGCCCGUUCCGUCUGAGAUCAGCGUAGCGCUGUUUGCUAUAAUUGUGCAUAUGUAUAUGGGAAAGCUGUAUGUGGUCCACAUGCAAUUUACGCGACGGAAUAAAAUUUAUUUCUAAACAACACA